AUGUCAUCAGCAGCAACAGGUUCCAGUGCGUCGGGCGGUAAAUAUUGUUUUGCCAUUGAUCGUGGCGGUACUUUUACCGAUGUUAUGUGCCUAUGUCCCGAUGGACGGGUACGUACCCUGAAAUUAUUGUCUGAGGAUCCGGCACGUUAUAGUGAUGCACCCCGUGAAUGUAUAAGGAGAAUUUUAAAAGAGGAAACCGGUGUCGAUUUAACCCCAGAAGGUUUGGUGGAUACCUCACGCAUUGGCUGGGUGCGUAUGGGUACAACAGUGGCCACCAAUGCUUUACUGGAACGUAAAGGAGACCCAGUGGCCUUGGUGGUUAACAAGGGUUUCCGUGAUCUCCUCUACAUAGGAAAUCAGGCAAGACCUAAAAUCUUUGAGUUGGAUAUCAAGAAACCCUCCAAUUUAUAUAAAACUGUGGUGGAAGUAGAUUGUCGUAUUGUCCCGGUUAUGUCCGAUGAGAAGUGUCAAUUGAAAGGAAAAGAAUCCUGGCGUGUCUUACCAGGUGCUGGCGAUUCGCGGUAUUUAGAGAUGACCCCCGUUGAUGAGGUGGCUGUGCGUUCAGCAUUGGAGAAGGUCAAAAAGGAAGGCAUCACUUCAGUGGCUGUGGUAUUGGCCCACAAUUAUUCCUGUCCCGAACAUGAGUUGAAAAUUGGCAGCAUUGCCAAGGAUUUGGGUUUUGAAUAUAUCACGUUGUCUCAUCAGGCCAUGCCAAUGUUUAGAUUAGUACCCAGAGGUUAUACCACCUGCGCUGAGGCCUAUUUGACACCUCAUGUAGAACGGUAUUUGAAUAGCUUCAAAUCUGGAUUCGACAAACAACUGGAAGGUGUCGAGGUCUUGUUCAUGCAAUCCGAUGGUGGCUUAACCCAAAUCAAUAAAUUCCGUGCUUCUCGUGCCAUUCUCUCCGGCCCAGCUGGUGGUGUUGUGGGUUACGGUAUUACGGGUUCCCGUGAAACUGAUUUACCUUUGAUUGGUUUUGAUAUGGGUGGCACCUCAACAGAUGUUUCCCGUUAUGCUGGAUCCUAUGAACAUGUUGUUGAAAGUACAACAGCUGGCAUUACCAUUCAAGCACCACAAUUGGAUAUUAACACUGUGGCAGCUGGUGGUGGUUCACGUUUAUUCUUCCGUUCCGGUUUGUUUGUGGUUGGCCCGGAGAGUGCUGGUGCCCACCCGGGACCGGCAUGUUAUAAAAAAGGCGGUCCCUUAACUGUGACUGAUGCCAAUUUAAUUUUGGGCCGUUUAAAGCCGGAAUAUUUCCCGAAAAUUUUUGGUCCCAAUGAAAAUGAACCAUUAGAUUUUGAAGCCUCCAAGGUGAAGUUUGAGGAGCUGCAAAAGGAAAUCAAUAGCAGCUUGAAGGAGCAGGGUAGCAACAAACAAAUGUCCUUAGAGGAAAUUGCCUUGGGUUUCAUACGUGUGGCCAAUGAGGCCAUGUGUAGGCCCAUUAGAGCCUUGACCCAGGCUCGAGGUUUGGAUACCUCCAAACAUGUGCUGAGUUGUUUUGGUGGUGCUGGUGGUCAACAUGCUUGCGCCAUUGCCCGAGAAUUGGGCAUCUCCAAAGUUUUGAUACACAAAUAUGCUGGUAUCCUAUCGGCCUAUGGCAUGGCCUUGGCUGAUGUGGUCAAUGAGGUGCAGGAGCCAAGUGGUUUGGAAUUCUCGGCCAACAAUGAAGCUUUGCUAAAGAAAAGUUUGGAAAAUCUCAAGGAAAAGUGUCGCUCCAGCCUUAAAGAACAAGGUUUUGAGGAUAUUGUCUUGGAAACCUUCUUACACUUGCGUUACGAGGGAACCGAUUGUGCCUUAAUGUGUACCCAAUCGCCAGAUACCUCAGAGUGGUUGGGUGGUUUUGAAAAAACCUUCCUUGAUCGUUAUCGCACAGAAUUUGGGUUUGUUCUACAAAAUCGUCGCAUUGUUGUGGAUGAUAUUCGUGUAAGGGGUUUGGGUAAAAAUAAAACACCCCCAGAAUUGGAAAUUGAAGAGGCCGGUAAUGAAGUGCCACCCAAUGAAGGAAUUGCCAUGGUUAGUUUUGAUCAAGGCACACUGGAGGCACCAAUUUAUUUGACCCAAAAGUUACGUUAUAAACAUAAGAUAUGUGGCCCGGCCAUUAUCAUUGAUCAAUUAUCGACGAUUUUGGUGGAACCCAAUUGUGAGGCUGUGGUUACCAAAUUUGGAGAUCUAGUGGUGAAUAUUAAAUCCUCACAGGAUAACAAGGUUGAUGAGAAAUUGGAUGCUGUCCAGCUGAGUAUUUUCUCACAUCGUUUUAUGAGUAUUGCCGAGCAGAUGGGAAGGGUUCUACAGCGCACCUCCAUAUCGACAAAUAUCAAGGAACGUCUAGAUUUUUCAUGUGCCUUAUUUGGCCCAGAUGGUGGACUGGUUAGUAAUGCUCCCCAUAUACCCGUUCAUUUGGGUGCCAUGCAAGAAACCGUGCAAUAUCAGUUGAGGGUGCGCGGCAAGACCCUGAAAAGUGGUGAUGUUAUUUUGUCCAAUCAUCCUCAGGCUGGUGGUUCCCAUUUGCCAGAUUUGACCGUCAUAACCCCAGUGUUCUACAAAGGCCAUGACACUCCCGUGUUCUUUGUUGCCUCGCGCGGUCAUCAUGCCGAUAUUGGUGGCAUAACACCCGGCUCUAUGCCACCCCAUUCUACUUCGUUGGCCCAGGAAGGUGCCUCCUUCAAAUCAUUCCUUAUUGUUGAAAAUGGUACAUUCCAAGAGGAGGAGGUGGUAAGACGUUUCACCACACCCACUGGUGCAGAGGGUGCUACUGGUACCCGCAAUUUGUCGGAUAACAUCUCCGAUUUGAAAGCACAAAUUGCUGCCAAUCAAAAGGGUAUACAAUUGGUAUCGGAAUUAAUUGAUUCCUAUGGCCUUAAUGUGGUCCAGGCCUAUAUGGGCUAUAUACAACAAAAUGCUGAAGUUGCUGUGCGCGAUAUGCUCAAAGAAAUUGCCAAAAAUACCUAUGAACGCACUGGAGGUUACAUUUUGGAAGCUGAAGAAUUUAUGGACAAUGGUUCGCCGAUUAAAUUGAAAGUAAGUCUCAACUCCGAGCAGGGUUCGGCAGUGUGUGAUUUCACCGGUUCCGGUACUGAGGUAUGGGGUAAUUGCAAUGCUCCCCGAGCCAUCACUCUCUCGGCCUUGAUUUAUUGUCUACGCUGCAUGGUGGGCCAUGAUGUCCCCCUGAAUCAAGGCUGCCUAGCACCCAUUCGUGUUAUUAUACCCAAAAAUUCCAUUUUGGAUCCUUCCGAAGGUGCUGCCGUUGUGGGCGGCAAUGUCUUAACAUCUCAACGUAUUGUAGAUACCGUGCUGAAAGCAUUCCGUGUCUGUGCUGCCUCCCAGGGUUGCAUGAACAACAUUACCAUUGGCGAUGAACAAUGGGGUUAUUAUGAAACUGUGGCCGGUGGUGCUGGAGCUGGUCCCCAAUGGCAUGGUGCCGGUGGUGUCCAUACCCAUAUGACUAAUACACGUAUCACCGAUCCGGAAAUUAUGGAAUUACGUUAUCCCAUGAUAUUGCAAAGAUUCUGUUUGCGUACCGAUGAAUCGGGUGGUAAGGGUCUUUAUCAUGGCGGUGAGGGAGUGGAGAGACAUAUUUUGUUCCGCAAACCGGUUACAUUGUCUGUGCUGACAGAACGUCGUACUUUACAGCCUUAUGGAAUGAAUGGUGGUGAACCCGGCAAGAGAGGUUUGAAUUUGUUGCUGAAGCCAGAUGGUCGUGUUAUUUCGCUGGGUGGCAAAACAUGCAUUAAUGUGGAUGCGGGGGAUAUCUAUGCCAUGAAAACUCCUGGAGGUGGUGGUUAUGGUGCCAAAUCAUGUGAAACCGCACCAAAGAGUGAUGAUGCGUCUCAGCAAAAAUCUGUGUUUUUAGAACGUGGUUCUGUCUAUGAAUAUCGUCAAGCCCAGGAAUCGGUUUAAA